AUGGUUUGCAAGCUCCAGGCAUUGCAUUGCAUAUGGUAUUUAAUAUACCCAGAGUUGCAACCACAAGCUUUGAUCAAACAUGUACAAAAAAUGAACAUCAAACGGAUGAAGGUGCAUCAUCAUGUCACGCUGUCGUGCUUAGCCAUGCGAAAAGAUGAGAAUCAUAAAAAAUCAUCUUUCAUUUUGAAAUCCCCUAAAAUGUAA